CUAGCGUGACGAUACGACGUGCGGCAACAGUCGUUUAAUAGUAAUAGACCCGAUGCUUUGUAACGUUUAGUUUCUCGAUAUUGGUAGGUCGAUUUAAAUCGGGCGACUCCGUGGCUAAACGAGUGUUGGUGUCAGUGUCGAGAGAGAGAUUUUGUGGAAAAGAGAAACGAUUCAGAGACCUCCGGCGUCCAGUACCAAGAAGAGGAAUCCCUGUGUCACGAUGGCAGCCCACGAGCAUCAUCGGGCUGCUGCUGCUAGGGCUGCUACUAUUGCCGUGUUCGCAUUGUUGCCGUUUAUAGCUUACGCGAACGAGGCAUCCUUGGAGAUCCUGCCGAGCGGCGAGACUCAGACGAAGCCAAUCGGGUCCAGUAUCAUCCUGACGUGCAAACCGAAGGUCGACGAUACGAAGCUGAUCACGGAAAUGAAAUGGCUCGAUCCACAGAAUCGUGAGAUCGAGUCGUUGAACACGUUCACGGGCCAUCCGAAGCCAUCGAUGUACACCCAAUUGCACCAGGAUAACAAAUUGUCUUUGUUCUUCAAUUCCCUGAAAGAGGAGCAGGCCGGGAAGUACACGUGCAAAGCUAAGUACGCGGCUUCGAUUGAGCUGGAGAAGUCUGUCACGAUCGAUACUAUAGUUGCGAUCACUUGGAACAAUGCGCCGCUCAAUCAAUACCCCAUUUUGGGAGAGGACUUCGCUAUUCAGUGCAAAGUGCAGGCAAGGCCUUCGCCCUCGGUCGACUGGGUGUACAACGGUGAAUUAAUUAAGACGAACGACCACUACAUUAUAGACACGUAUGCCCUGAAGAUCAAGAACGUUCAAGAAUCCGACGACGGCAUCUACACCUGCCGUGCUUACGUAGUGACUACCGGCGAGCUCAAGGAACGAGCUAUCCGCGUUGAGGUCCACAUACGCCCUACGGUGGAGGAGUUCCCUGGUCCGGUAGACAUAAUCGAAGGCAAAGACGCGAGCAUACAGUGCAAAGCUCAUGGCAAACCGCCUCCAAAAAUCACCUGGGUGAAGGAUCAUCAGAAUCUCUCCAACACCGGCCGAUUCGGCGUAGACUCCGACACAGGCCUGUUGACAAUCUCGAACGUGAACAGCGACGACGCCGGCGAAUAUCAAUGCACAGCGACGAACGCCGCCGACACAGUCACCACGAAAGUCUUGGUGAACGUGAUCGUGAAACCGAAGAUCACCGAGUUCUCGAACAACACAGUGGUCCAGGACAAAGAGGCGACUCUCGUUUGCAAAGCUUUCGGCAGACCUCCGCCCCAAAUCACUUUCAGAAAGCACACCAAGGAGAAAUCCUACGUAAAGGGAGCACAGCUGGACGACGACAGAAUCAUCCUGAUAAACAACGCGAACGACAUGACCAACGAAACUGUCGCCACGCUGACCAUCCAGCAGUCUCUCAGGUCUGACGACGGUCUUUACGAGUGUAUCGCGCAGAACAGCGGGGGUGAAGCACUUAGAAACGGGCAUUUGACCGUGGAGUUUCCUCCGUCGUUCGCCUCUAUGCCGAACAAAACGUUCUGGUCGUGGGAACAGAAGCCUGUGAACAUCAGUUGCAUCGCCGACAGCAUACCGAAUGCCACUAUACGCUGGACCACUCAUGGCGAUCAGAAGAUCGACAAUGACCCUAUGAUCAAGCAGGUAGAAAACGGACCGGUCUCCAUGCUCACGAUUGUCCCGUUGGAUAGACGGUAUUACACCACUUACAAGUGCAUCGCGUCGAACAAGCAUGGCACGCGGCAACGUAACAUCGAGCUGAGAGAGGCCACGAAACCUGGGGAAGUGCUGCAAGUCAAAAUGGCCGAGAUCACCGCGACUACGAUCAGGUUCGAUCUCGUGCCGCCCCCCACGCAUCCUGAAUUGCCAGUGCGAACUAUCAGCGUGCAGUACAAGGAGGACGCGCAGACUUGGAUGGAGGCUAGGAACAAAACGUGGUCUAUCGAUUCCUUCUACGUGCUCGAAGGCUUGAAACCGCAAACCGCGUACGAGUUUCGAUUCGCGGCGAUGAACGAGGUCGGACUGGGCAAUUGGGGUGCCUUCCACCGCCAGAUCACACCCGUAAGGACGUUCCCGAACGAGCCAAAGAUAAUAACGACGACGGCGGAGUACGACAUGUCCAUGUUCAACAAUCAAUACGAAUUGUCCUGGCUGGCGCCGGCAGACAACGGCGAGCCGAUCGACAUGUACCAAAUCAAAUACUGUCAAAUAAAACGCGUGUCCGGGGAUUGGGAUCUGCUGGAAGAGACAUGCCGAACGGAGGAUAUAAAGACACAAGGAAGAAUGAGGCACUGGCUGAAGAAUCUCUAUUCGGACACGUUCUACGAGGUGGAACUGAGGGCGCACAACGUGAUGGGUUUCAGUAAGCCUGGAGUCGCGAAGUUUAAGACUGCAAGGGGUAUAGACACCACCGUGGUUCAUCAUCAAGGACCCCUGAUAUCAAGCGCGGCCAUAAUCGGUAUCGUGAUCGCUGUACUGUUCAUUAUUAUUGUCGUGAUCGAUGUUAUCUGCUGUUGCGCGCAUAAGACAGGAAUCAUAUAUUACGCCUGCGAGCGAUCUCGUCGGAAACCAGUGGACGAAGAGGACGCAAAACUUGGCAGUCUUUACGGUUGGCGGUUUCCAUUGCCGUAUUGCGACCAAAAAAUGGCCAAUGUCGCCGGGGUCACGGCCGUCCAAGACUCGGGUAGUGGAAAAAAUACCAUUAGAUUGGUCAAACACACUGCCAUAGAUGAGAAGGAGCCACUGAAGGAAGAGAAGAAAAUCACACCGAUCAUUGACUCAGGUCUGCGCCGAGAGACAUCUAUCACCUUCGACGGGAAGAGAUCCGUUUCAAAGACCGGUUUCGUCGGCAAGGAUUCAGCUGUCUAGAUAUUCUUCCGGCGUACUAGAUUGUAAAUCACCGUGGAAAUACUAUUUCUGGCCAAAGUGUUCUCGAACGAUACCGAAAAGUAAGCCCGUACAUCCUGAAACAUACACGUAGGGAACAGAGUUUCGCGAUUGUCAAGAACCUUUUUCCUUUCUCGAGUUCGAAACGAUUCGCAACGCCAUUCGGGAUUUACGCGGGAACAUAGAAUAACGACAUGCUCGAGACGAGAUCUCGUUCUAUGUACUUUUUUUUCAAGCGAGACACGAUGCGCCAUCUUUCACCGCGAUCAAACAAUACAAAAUCGCGUUCGACUGCUUCAUCCACGAAAUAACUAAUGACCGACGUGACGAUUCACGCGUACAUUCUCGUCCGUCCUCUUUCCUCGAGGACACGACAGAAAGAUUGUAGCAUUUAAUUCGUAGGCCCGCACAUUACCAAUUUGCUCGAUACGAAAUUGUUCUGCACCGUAUGAUUUUCGCGAGUCCCGAUAGUUUUACGUCUAUUUUGUAACAGUAAGUGACGAAUCCUUAUGAUAAAUAAAUCUCUCUUUCUCCCCCCUCCCUCGUCAAUGUAU